AUGGACGUGGAUGUACGCGGAUCUCCCACCGAAGGCAAGUUGUUUCAUUUGAUUUGAGUUUUAGUUUUGACUUCGAAAGAAUAUGGUUUUUAACGGUUAAAUGAAAAUUUUUUGAAUGCUGUUCCCAAAUCACCAUUUCAGAUGGUGGAGAACAACGUUUUUUAUUCACAUCCGAAAGUGUCAGUGAGGGCCAUCCUGACAAGAUGUGUGACAUCAUCUCGGAUACAGUUCUUGAUGCCCAUCUUUCUCAAGAUCCCAAUGCUAAGGUCGCUUGUGGUAGGUUUUAUGGCUGAAGGAACAAUGUUUCUUAUCUUUCUCACUUGGUGUUGAUCAAUGGCAUGUUAUGACCGUUCUAGUGUGACCGAUAUUACAGAGACGGUAACCAAGACGGGCAUGAUUAUGUUAUGCGGUGAGAUCACGUCGAAAGCUGUCGUCGAUUAUCAAUCUUUGGUUAGGAAUGCUGUGAAGAAGAUUGGAUUUACGGAUGCAGAGGCCGGUAAGUAGUGGAAUGUAUAAAUAUAUUUAAUUUUAAGUUCGCAAUUUUUGUGUGGUGUUUUAGGGUUUCAUUAUAAAUCCUGCAAUGUUCUUGUCGCCUUGGAACAACAAGCCCCGGAGAUUGCUCAAGGAGUUCACAUGAAUAGGGCCGAGGAAGACGUGGGAGCGGGAGAUCAAGGUCUUAUGUUUGGAUAUGCGACUGAUGAGACCGACGAGGCGAUGCCCCUUUCUCUUCUUCUGGCGCAUCAAUUGACCAGUCGGUUACAUACUCUACGCAGAAACGGCAUUCUUGAUUGGUCGAGACCAGAUUCAAAAUCACAGGUAUAAUUUUCUUUUCUUUUUUUUUCGUUUAGCAAAGAAAAAAUACAUGAUAAAUUUUUAGGUAACAGUCGAAUAUAAGUUUGAUAAUGGCGCCUGCGUUCCCGUCCGAGUGCAUACGAUUGUGAUGUCUGUACAGCAUUCCGAAAACGUUACAUUAGAACAAGUUAGAGAUGAUUUGAAAGAACAUGUCAUCAAGGAGGUUAUCCCCGGACAUCUUUUAGAUAAGGACACCAUCUACUACCUAAAUCCAUGUGGAACAUUCCACGUUGGAGGUCCUCAAAGUGACGCUGGUCUAACCGGUCGCAAGAUCAUUGUCGACACCUACGGAGGAUGGGGAGCCCAUGGUGGAGGUGCGUUCUCAGGCAAAGAUCCCACCAAAGUUGAUCGAUCGGCUGCCUAUGGCGCGCGCUGGGUUGCCAAAUCCCUCGUAAAGGCUGGAGUUUGCCGCCGUUGUCUGGUUCAAGUAUCCUAUGCUAUUGCUGUGGCCCGGCCUUUAUCGAUUACGGUUAUCUCGUACGGAACUUCACCGUUGACGGAAGCGGAAUUACUGCAGAUUGUUAAUGCUAACUUCGACUUAAGACCUGGAGCCAUUAUUAAGUAAGUAAAUCAUUUUAAAGAUUCUACGGUCUUAUUCCUACGAUAUACUUUUUUUGUAGGGAGUUAAACUUGAAGACGCCAAUUUACUCGAAGACCGCUGCAAAUGGACACUUCGGCCAUUCUGAAUUCCCCUGGGAAAAGCCUAAAGACCUCGAAAUCCCCGCUAAUUUGGCAGCCAAGCUCAAGAAGAAAGGUCAUACCAUAAAUGGAACAGGCGACGCCAAAAUCAAUGGUUACCAUCAUUGA